GGGCAUCAGAUCUCCAAACAUAACAGGAACUUCUUCCUCGUAGUCUGACCAUCCACUCUUCGUUAGUGAGAAGACUCUUCUCUCGUCCACAUAUCUUACAUCUCGCACAUAUGAAGUUAUUGUAGCAUAAGAUCUUUCUCAUCUCAGCGGUUCUGUGGCAACGAGCGUGAGACCUUUUUUCAAGAUUUACUCAAUAUUGACCGAUUACUGUCCCUUUCUGAGAUGUUCCAGAUUUGAUUUAGAAACGACCUUCUUCUAUAUCAUCCUUCAAAUCUCGUUCAUUGCAAUGGCUCUCGACAGGAAAGAGUAUCGAGCUCAAGAUUUAUGGGAAAGAUUACCUAUUGAGUUACUGAUUAAGGUUCUCAGAGAUUAUGAUCUGCCAGUUUCCACUCUUGCUGCAUGUCGUUCAGUUUGUAAGAAAUGGAAUGAAAUCAUAGAUGGUCCAGAAUUGCGGCACAAAAUCUGGAACAAAGAAGUUAUUUUUUAUGAUGCAAGACUUGACAGUACGGCCUACUUUUGCUUUCAUGAUCGAUGGAUCAGAAGAAAUAUUACAUUCAAGUCCAAGGUGGUAGUCGCUGCUGAUGGGGGCCUAGUGUGUUUCAGUGAAAUUUUUUCAACUGAAUUUGUUAUCUAUAACCCAGUUUCGGACAAAUUUCUGAUUUUAAACGUACCUCAUGAAAUCGAUGGAUUACCUACAGUUUUUGAUGGUAAGCUGGAGCUCAUCAUGGUGGGUUUAGUCGUGGACCAAACUACAAAACACUUUAAGCUGGUUUUGGGAGGAGUUCUAUUCCCUGAUAGACGCAGAUCUUUGAUUUACAAGUCGACUACCAGUAGAUGGUCAUGGAUUAUUGAUCCGUUUCCUGCAUUGUUGAACUGGAUGGAAGUAGAGUGCAAAGAUGGGAAAAGUGUUUUAUGUAAUGGAUGUAUGUAUUGGCUCGUAUGGGAUCCCACGACCCUGAUAAUGGCUCUGCUGAUAUUUGAUCUGAGCGAAGAAAGAUGGGACGUCAUGGCAGAGGAAGUCAUGGAGGACACGUCAGAUGGCCUUCAGAUUACGGCGUAUGAAGGUCGUGUGUACUUACUCGCCAUGGAUUGGACUCAUUUUGAGUUUGAUCGUAGGAUCUAUGGCGGAAAGUUUCUCCAUCAUCCAAUGGUCCGGAGAAUGGAUCGAUCUCUGAUCGGGAGAACUAGAGAUUUAUGGGAUAUGGAGGAUGGCAGACCUUUCAAAAUUUACGCUGCAGGAGGUAGUGAUGUGUUCUUCGUCUUCGACACAUUCGACGUCACCGAGGAAGAGGAAGAAGAUGAAUACCUUGAGGUGGCGAAAUACUGGUCUGAAAGAGACGUGAUCGAAUUUUUACCCGAACCUCCUUUUCGAGAAGGCCAUGAAAUGUUUGUAUGGGCAUUCCGUCCAGAAAUCGAGCCGAGAUUCUUCCGUGACGCUUGGUGUGCAAUAAUUCCAGCACCCCGAGUAAAUGCAGAGCAGAAAUGGAUAACGCAGCAGCAGAGACAUCUGUAGUAGGAGGUGGGGGAUUCUCCCAUAGAAGAGGACGUAGUGGAAGUCUGAAGAGAGGUUAUAGGAAUUCGAGGACAGAUCAGUUCACCCAAGUAUAUGUCGUUUGGACUACAUCGUUAUUGACAACUAGAGUGCCAACUUAAGUUCAUGUUAGUCUGGAAUGGGCUGGUUGGUUUGUUUAUAAGCCAACCAGGUUUGCUCGUACCCUAGAGGAAACUGGAUGCUUACGUAUUCCCCAGCUUGGGUUACAAUAAUCUUGCCAUCCAUUGAUAGUUCUUAUUACAUGUAAGUUGGAAACCAGAAACUUAUGACUAGAUACUUCCUUUUAUUACAAAAUAGAGCAUUGUGAGAUAGAGCUCUCUAUUAUCAAUGAAUGCUGAGAGGAUAUUUCAUCCAGGAUGACUGCUUGGCGUGAGGCCAAAGGUCACAAGAACAAAAGGAUAUGCUAUGCUUUUUUGGAUUCUCUUGCAAGCUUUACCCAAGAAUAGCCAAUGAUGGGUAAGGGUGGAACCACGAAACCCAUCAGUAAUUUCUAAAUUGAUUUUUUUCACCAAAUGAUAUACGAAC